CUGGCCAAAAGCAAAAUUUAGUAAAGAAAUAUUUUUUGGAUGCCAAAUAUUUUCCUUGGAUUUCCUCUCUUUUCUUAAGAUUCGAUAUCAUGAUGUCUGGUAGGUGUGCAGCUUGCAAGAAUCAAAGAAGAAGAUGCCCUUCAGAUUGCAUCUUCGCUCCAUAUUUCCCUGCCAAUGAUCCUCAAAGAUUUGCUUCUGUUCACAGAAUCUAUGGUGGCAGCAAUGUUGGAAAGAUGCUUCAGCAAAUUCCACCGUAUUUACGUGAACAAGCUGCAAAUACUUUGUAUUAUGAAGCACAGUGUAGGAUUCGAAACCCUGUUUAUGGAUGCGUUGGGGUCAUUUCUAAAUUGUCUCAAGAAAUUAGCAAUACAGAAAUUGCACUUUCUCAAAUAGAAACUCAGAUUGAUUGUCACAAGAAUCAAGUCCAACAGGCAAAAGCUGAAUCAAAGUUCAAUGUCUUGUCAACAAUUGAAGCUGAAUCAAACUUUGAUGUCUUGCAAGGACAAAGCAGCAGUGCCACGGAGUUUCACAUGCCAAGUCAAUUAAAAUGGUUUAAUAAAAACUCUGAUUUCCAAUAGAUACACAGCAUUUG